AUUGAAGGCGAAGAAGGGCAGCCAUCAUCCUCCUCCUCGCUGUCGUCACUUGGGAGGUACUAGCAAGUAGCAAGGACGGACACAACUCCUAAACUUCAACGCUUUGUUCUGUUUGUUCUCCAUCAACGGAAUUAACAUACUGCUGUAAGGAAGCUGAUCCUCUUCAACCAUGACUCUCGAGGGGGGAAUGAGAUGUGUCAAGUACUUGCUCUUCUUUUUCAACUUCAUCUUCUGGUUAUGCGGCCUGGCGUUGAUCGUUGUGGGAGUCCUGGUUCAGGUGUCCUUACAUCGAACCGUCAUGAUAAAGGACGCGUCGGCCUCUGGAGCCCCCAUCGUCGUCAUCUCCAUCGGCGUGGUCAUUUUCUUCAUCUCCUUCUUCGGUUGCUGUGGCGCCUGGAAAGAGAACUAUUGCAUGGUCACCAUGUUUUCCAUCCUUCUCUCGUUAGUCAUCCUUGUUCAGAUUGCAGCGGCAAUCACUGGUUACAUCUUCAGAAAGAAAGUCGCCAAUGUUGUCCAGGACAGUCUUGCUGACAUGAUUUCCAGAUACAGCAACAGUUCUGCUGAAUUCAAAGCCAGCGUGGAUGCACUUCAGGAGGAUUUGAAAUGCUGCGGCAUAAACGGCUCCUCCGACUGGCUAAACUUCCGCCCGGACGGGAACUCUGUGCCCGACUCGUGCUGUUUGAAUGUGUCUCCGAAUUGUGGCAUUGGGGCCAUGACGGACUCUGCCAAAGUGCACCAAGAGGGUUGUCGCGAUGCACUUGAGGAGUUACUGAAGAAAAAUACCCUGUGGGUGAUCAUCGCAGCUCUUGCUCUUGCUUUUAUUGAGAUCAUGGGGAUCGUGUUUGCCUGCGUGUUGAUGAGAGGCAUUCGUAGCGGCUACGAAGUCAUGUGAGUCGCUCGGCAUCAGAGUGGACGACCACUUACUUUACGGGCGCUUCACAUUUUUUGGGCAAAUAUAGUGCACAGAAGAUUAUCUCCCUCCUUUUAGUCUAUCUUUUCCUAGGUCAGGAGUUUUUGUGGUUUGAUAGGCAUGCAACAUCCAUUUCUUCUCCACAACACUGUCUACUUUCGUCGCUAAUGUUUUUCUUGAUGGUUGAGGAAAUUGAAUAUCUUUGCUUGUAACAUUAAGAAUUUGUGGAUUUUUGUUUUUAAAGCUUGUUUGGUUCCCAGGUUGUUUUUAUUAAAAGAACCUUUACAUCUAAA